AUGGACUGUUGGAAAUGCGAAGGAGAGGUUGCUGGUGGCAAAGGCCUCCCCCAGGGCCUGUCACACCAUGGUGCUCCCACUGUCGUCUCCCGCAAGGAGUGGGGGGCCAGAUCACCGACCUGCGGCGGCCAGCUGGCCCCGUCUGUGCCCUACGUCAUCACGGACCAGCUCCUGGGGGUAGAAUGCCGGGAGCAGAACGAUUGCAGCCAGAAGCUGCGGGACCUUCAGUCCCGUGCUGUCUACACCCAAGGCCGGUGCGACGUGGCCUACAACUUCCUGGUUGGGGACGAUGGCAAGGUGUACGAAGGUGUCGGCUGGGGCGUGCCAGGCAUGCACACCCCGGGUUACAACAACAUCUCCCUGGGCCUCGCCUUCUUCGGCAGUAAGAUAGGCAGCAGUCCCAGCCCAGCUGCCUUAUCAGCUGCAGAGGACCUGAUCUUCUAUGCUAUCCGGAAGGGUCGCCUGUCACCCAGGUAUAUCCAGCCACUUCUCUUGAAAGAAGAGGUCUGUUUGAGCCCUCAGCAGCCAGUGAUGCCCAGGACAGCUUGCCCCAUCAUCAUUACGCGGUCAACUUGGGAAGCCAGAGAGACACACUGCCCUAAAAUGAACCUCCCGGCCAAAUAUGUCGUCAUCAUCCACACCGCUGGGGCGCCUUGCAAUGAAUCCAUGGAGUGUCAGUCACGUGUCCGAGACAUACAGUCCUUCCACAUGGACAGGCAGGACUUCUGUGACAUCGGAUAUCACUUCCUGGUGGGCCAGGACGGCGGUGUGUAUGAAGGAGUUGGCUGGCAUCACGAAGGCUCUCACACUUACGGAUACAAUGACAUUGGCCUUGGAAUUGCGUUCAUGGGCAACUUUGUAGAAAAGCCCCCUAACGCCGUGGCGCUGAAGGCGGCCCAGACCCUGAUCCAGUGUGCGGUGGACAAGGGAUACCUGAGCCCCAACUACCUUCUGGUGGGGCACAGUGACGUUAUCAAUACUCUGUCUCCUGGGAAGGCUUUGUACAACAUCAUCAGUACCUGGCCUCAUUUCAGACAGUGAGGGAGCCCCUGCUCCCCGAGACUGUCCCCUCACGGUGUCCCCCACAGACUGCUGGGUCUCCCCUGUCCUCACCCUCCACCCUGGCUCAACACCCCAUAUCACCUCUCUGCCAGCCCCAUCUGUCCCACCUCUCUCAGGUUGGUAUGAUCCUCUCCUGCUAGCAUCCUCCAGCGACCCCCAAACCCCGUGGCUGGGCACCCCAGCCCUCUGAGUCUGGGCCCAGCCUUCCCCUCUCCUCAUCUUCCUCUCCCCUGGGCACCCAGCUCCUCCGCCCAGUGACGUGAUGGCUGGUCCCUGUUCUCGCUCGCUUUGUAUGUGUCCCUCUGCCUGGUACACUUGCCCUGCUGUCUGCUCAGCAGCCCCUGAGCCUCACACAGGACCCAGGUCAGUGCCCAGCCCCUCCUCUCUGCUCACACACUGAUUUGUCCAUACGUCAAUGCAGCCCUUGUUCAGGGCUUAAUUGUUUCUAGACGUGUCUGUUUUCCUGACCGUGUCUACUCUGUCUGACUGGUCCAGUUUUUCCGCCUCUGUGUCCUCAGUUUCCCAGCAGUGUCUGUAAUCUAGUAGGUAGUACAGAUGUUUGCGGAAGAAAUGAAUGAAUAAACAAAUGAGUAGAAUCAAGUCCCUGCUUCCCUUUCCAAUUUGCUCAUCAUCCCAUUUUUGGGGAACCCUUCCUGAACCCCAUCCCACCAGCAUCCUCUCUGUUCCCGUUUCCUCUGACUGAGGCUCAGAGCUGGCUGUGGUUACUUGUCUGUAAUGGUUGCGGUGUCUCCUGGGUCCCGUGUCCCCAUCCUCCCAGAGCUCCAAGAGGGCAGGGACCACGCAGUCCUGCAGGCUCAGGCUGAGUCCACGCAUGGCGCCUGGUGCCUGCUGCCUGCCCUU